AUGAAAAUGCUUCAUCAACAACAAAUGCCAGCCUUUCGAAAUAUUGACUUUCUUCAAGUCUAUCGUGGUAAAUUAAUACCAAUAGAAGAACUCGAAUAUUUUAAAAAGAACAUAGGAAAGCUUCAUGUCACUAUGCGAUUUUUAUCUACAGUUACUCAUAGAGAAGUUGCUUUAAUCUACUAUGGUGAUGGUCGUAUAUGGGAAACAGAUUAUGUUUCGGUUCUUUUCAACAUCACAAUAAAUAUGAAAGAGAAUAUCUCAAAACCGAUUGCAUUCAUUCAUGAAUAUAGUUCAAUACUAGAUGAGAACGAAGUACUUUUACCUAUAGGCAUGCUAUUUCGUAUGAACUCUAUUCGACACGUUAAGGGAAAACUAUGGGAAAUAAAUUUUGAAGGAAAUGUGCAGCAGAAAUCUCUGAAUAACAACAUUCAAAUGACAACUGAUGAAACAAGUGACUUUCUCAAUCAACCAAAAUCGAGUCGAAUUCCAUCCGAAAUUCAUCAUCAAACAAAAGCUAUAACCAUGACUACAACAAAAGAACAACAACCUGAAAAGCAGAAAAAUCAAAUUGGUUAUAGUCGAUUUAUUCUUACAUCAUUAACAAUUACUCAAUAUCAUUCAAUUGAUAUUCCUAAUAUAAUCGAUCGUUUCGAACAUUUAGUUUUACUAAAUCGUGAUGAUAUGAUUCAAGUUCGUAAUCUCUAUGGUUAUUUUAAUAAAUUUACAGAUCAGUCAAAUCCUGAUCUUUUAUCAAAUAUUGAAGAAGAAAGUAGUGUUAGUGUUUAUUUUUCUCAUCAUUCAACUAAAAUGAUUGAUUGUCUUUGA